GAAAGACGAGGCUGACCUGCCACUUUUAAAUUUAUUGGCUCUAGCCACAUAUUUCCGAAGCGAUUCUGGCCGGAGAUGAGAAACAGCGUCCGUGCGCGGGCCCAUCCCCCAUCACUCUCCCUCUCCCCCUCCCCCCCGAACUUGCCUUUUUCGGCAUCUUCCACACCUCGUCCCCUCCCUCCCUCCCCCCGUGGCUCGUCGUCCUCCACACUUUCUCUCCUUUUUUUCUCUGCAUCCCCUCCACAUAGAUGAUGGACGAAGAUAUCGAGAUGCUCGAGGCCAAACUCAACGGCGUCGCCACGCCGCACCCCCAUCUUGCCACCGACUCCCAUCACGCCUCCCCCAUCGUCGUCGACCCUUCUGAUGACGACAACACUAGCACCUCAAACGAGCCCCCCUCCGUCGUCGUGCACGAUGUCGAUGGAAAAGUCAAACAACAGGCCCCCAAGUCCAAGCCCGCUCACGAGGCCGCCACAGGCGCUAAACCAGCCUCCUCCGCGCCGAAGCCCAAGUCGAGCAGGGCCCGCCCUCGCUCGCCAUCACCAUCCCCGCCGCCCGCUCCCCCGCCCGCCCCGCUCCAGACCGUGCGCCUCGAAAUCGCCCUCGGCGGCCCGGACAACUACGAAGUCGACGUUGCUGCGCUCGCCAAGGCUACCGGCCAGCGCCCCCCGACACCGCCGCCGGUCGCCAAGCGCUACGAGAGCGAGAGCGAGGCCGAGCCCGAAGGCGAGCACGACGAUGACAGGAAAAGUAAGAAAGGAAAGAAGAAGAAGAACCUGGGCACGGAGUACUAUGACCUGACUGAUCCCUUCAUUGACGACUCGGAGCUCGCCGUUGACGAGCGCACAUACUUUGCGCAGACAAAGCAACAGGGCUUCUACGUCUCGUCUGGGGAAGUUGCGCUCCUCAAGGACAAGACCCCAAAGAAAGUGAAAUCGAAACGAACGGUGUUGCUUCCCCCGCCGGAGCCAAUCGCAGGCCCGAGCAACUUCCCACACGCGCAUGGGCACUCCCAUACACACGCACAGCUCUCGCAGGGGAAGAAAGCGGCCCCCAGUGGGAGCGCGUCCGGGGCCGGGGACAUAGAGGGGACGAAGGAGACGCCGAUCGCGCUGCUGUCGGACGCGGAGGACGCGAGCGAACAUAACGGAAAGCGCAAGAGCAUCGGGGGCGGUUCAGACAUCGGCGCGGGGGGAAAGAAGAAGCGGAAGGUCGAGAUACAUCCGUUCCACCCGGAGCUCGAGGAGGCACUGCAGGAACUGAAGGAUGCUGCGGCGAAAGAAUCGUGGGGUGUGAAGGGCAGGUUUCCGCCUGCGAUGAAGCCGUUGUUGGCACAAGUUGCACUCAAGGCGAUUCGACUGAAUGAAUACGACGACAAUUUCUUCAACCUCAUGCCACGGCUAUUCCCGUAUAAUAGGUUCACCAUGAGCAAAUUGAUCAAGCGCACGGUGUUUCACGAUCACACUGCGCUACUGACGGCGCGGCAAGAGGAGCUCUUGGUGGAGUUGGAGAGCAUGGCGGAGGAAGGGUUCCCGAAAGCGCUAGAAGAGUGGGAAAAGAGCGUCGUCGCUUGGGAGAAAAAACAGGAAAAAGUCAAAGUGGAAGGCACAGCGUCGACCGAAGGGACACCCAGUGCUCAGCCGAUUCCGUCAGCGACGGAGGACGCAGGGGGGGGCGCGAUGGAUGUUGACAAGGAUAGCGGCGAUGGGCAAGGGAAGGACGGUAAAGACGCCAAGGACAGCCAUGCGCCGCCGAAGAAGUACCGGAUGUCGGAAGCGAUGAAGGGGAUCAUCUGGAACCUCGUGUGCUUGAGCAACGAGUGUUGCAGGAUCGAGAACGAAAAGAAUACCUUGGAGGGCUCGACAUCGCAGGUCAGCGAACAAGGGCUGCGGAAGGUGCUUUAUCAGAAGAUAGUGGCCGCAUUUCCCGAUGGGUGGAUGUCAUCGGGUCAGAUCUCCCGAGAAGUGAGCGUGAUGAAGAAGAAGUUCGAGAAGGAGGCGAUGGAGAACGAGAGUUGAUCUUGGCUGACCUUUUUCAUUUUCUUCAUUCAUUCAUCCUACAUACGUGUCUGCAUCGCUGAUUUCCACCUUCGCUCCACCGGAUUCUUUGUAUGCUCGUCAUCUUUCGCUUUCCUUCCUGCUCUCCCAUCCUGAGACUCAGCUACGGUCGCAGAUCCCAUCGCUGUAUGUCUCUGUGUAGAUAGUGCCCACGGACUGACAUCUCGAAAUUGCUGUUCGCGACCCUUACUUUAUAGUGUUUUGUAUGGUACACGAAUAACCUAGUACAGCGGCGUAUUUUUCCAUCCC